UAAUGGAUCAUGGAUCGUGCCAAUUCAUGAAAUUCCACGGAGCUUUCUCGUCUGGUUUAGAACGUCUCGCUUUUUCGUUUGAGGCUCGUUUUUCGCACGAACGAUCCGGUUUCUCGAUCCCGGUAGGGACAGCUCACACACAGUACGAUAAAAAGAAGGAUCGACUAUGAUGGUACGUGUUCCUGGUCUACGGUCGCUUCUGAAGUGGUCGGCUUCCUGUGUCAGCUUUCAAUGGAAGUUCGCAUUAGUCCAUCGAGCAAAUUCAACGGAUUCAUUGCCUGACAUCAUGGCAGCUAAGAAGAUUUCGAUCGUGGGCUCUGGCAAUUGGGGUUCAGCUAUUGCCCGGAUCGUGGGUCAAAAUGCGGCUGCUCACCCGGGCCAGUUUGACCCCGAGGUCCGCAUGUGGGUAUUUGAGGAGAUGAUCGAGGGCCAGAAAUUGACCGAGAUCAUCAACACGAAGCAUGAGAAUGUCAAGUAUUUGCCUGGCAAGAAGUUCCCGGAGAACGUGGUGGCCGUCCCCGAUAUCGUGACGGCCUGCCAAGAGGCCGAUAUUCUCAUUUUAGUCAUUCCCCAUCAGUUCUUGGAGCGAAGUCUGACGCCAUUGAAGGGCAAACUGAAGCCCGGAGCUCAAGGUAUCUCGCUCAUUAAGGGCUUCCACAUCGUGCCCAGUGGUGGCAUUGAGCUCAUCUCCGUCGUCAUCAAAGAGCUCUUGAAUAUCCCUGUCUCCGUGUUGAUGGGGGCCAAUUUGGCCGGUGAAGUCGCCGCGGAUAAGUUUUGCGAGACCACGAUCGGGGCCGUGGAUGCCACCAGCGAUGGCAAGUGGCUCCAAGCCAUGUUCCAGACGCCCAACUUUCGCGUGGUGGUGGUGGAUGAUGCCAAAACGGUCGAGAUUUGUGGGGCUCUCAAGAACAUUGUGGCUUGCGGCGCUGGAUUCGUCGACGGUCUCAAAUAUGGCGACAACACCAAGGCCGCCGUGAUUCGACUCGGUCUCAUGGAAAUGAUCCGCUACGCCGAGGUGUUUUACCCGGGUUCCAAGCUCUCAACUUUCUUUGAAAGCUGCGGUGUGGCAGAUCUGAUCACUACCUGUUACGGCGGUCGAAACCGCCGAGUCUCCGAGGCCUUCGUCACAUCCGACAAGUCCAUCGAGGACCUCGAGAAGGAGAUGCUCAAUGGCCAGCGACUGCAAGGACCUGAAACAGCGGCCGAAGUGAAUUUCGUCCUCAAAGCCAAGGACAUGGAGGACCAAUUCCCGUUGUUCACUUCGGUGCACAAGAUCUGCGUCGGGGAGCAAAAGCCCGAGGAAUUCAUCAAUCAGCUACGUCAACACCCGGAACACAUGAUCCAAUUUGACGCUCGUUUGUAGAUGGGAUCAGAGCCACUUCAAGCGAACAACUGGCUAGGCAAUGAAACUCUUGGAUAAAUUUGAAUAAAGAUAUAUAGAUAUA